AUGGGCGAGCGAAUCUCUCACAGCUCUCUUAUCGCUUUGCAACUCUGCAAAGCACAGAUGCCACAGCUAUCAUUGCCUGGAUCACGCUACUCUGGGCUCUUGCGAAGCUCAACGAAGUGGAUAACGUGUCUUGCCUGGCGUGAAGGAUCCAUCUUCUCACAGCCUGAUUGCUUAUUUCAUAUGCCUGGUAGGUCAUUUGCGAGACAGUCAUUACAUCCGAAGAGCUUCAAAGAUAUUUCAAACCCCCGGAGAAUUUGUGCUGAUGAUCUUGUAUUCCUGAUCGUGUAUAGCUAUGAGUCUGACCGUGGAAACUUAGCAAAACUGAUGGCCCAUGAAUACUACAUAACCUCCACGUCGUAUCGAAUAGGGCUUGUUCCAGAAUUCAAUUGA